GUAAUACUCGGCAAUCAUGUUCGAAUUACCAGAAGCAAAGAGAAUCCGUCGCGAUGAGAUAGUCUCUCCAUCUUCAUCGACCAGGAGUUCACCAGACAUAAUCCCAGCAGAAAACGAAGAAGCGCAUGCCAGACUGGGACAAUUACUUGCCUUUGACAUUUUCACUACAAUAAACAUAAAUCAAGUCCAGCAACCGUCGAAUCUAAAAGACAACCAUACCAACCAAAAAGAUGGAGAUGACGAGGAAGAAUUCGAUUUCCGCCUCUUCAGCGCACCAAACACUGCAACCAAAAUCCCCGGUGCAAAGAAGGAGGAAGAAAUGAAAACUCAAAAACUCAAAAUCCGACUCCGAUCACCGACACCAGUCGACGCGCAACCAGGUGAAGGCCGCUUCAUAGUCCCAUUCCGAGGAUGGAGUUAUUACGUCACAAAGCCUGAAAUGAUGAAUCUAUCUGCGCGCGAUGAGCAGGAAAAGAUUCAAAUAGAAGAAGAAGAUUCGAUGAGACGGAGACAAUUCGAAGAUGUGGCUGUGACGGGUGAUGAUGUGGUAAGAUGGGCGCGGAGUAUGGAGACGCCGGGCUGUCAUUUACCAUGGCGCGUGGUUCGGCUUGAUCGACGUUUUCAUCGGGUUCCUAAAUCAUUACUCCGUGGUGACAAUGAGAUGAAGACGAUAACAACGACGGAAAAGAAGAAAUCGAAACCCGGGAAGAAGAGGCGUAUCAUUUUACGGACUCGUGCCGCGGCUGUUACAGCCGCCGCAGCGACGUCGAAUAUGACGGAAGCCGAGAAGCGGAAUAAGAAGAAUAGAGAGAGGAAAAUUAAGAGACGGCAGAAGGAGAGGGAGAGGAAAGCUGCGCUGGCUGCGACGACGACUACGGCUACUGAUGUUGUAGGAGCUACAGCGGAUGGUGAUUCGUCUGUUUGAUUAUAUCAGGAUGAAAUCAGUCGUAUCUCUAUAUUUUUGAUAUCCUAAAUAUGUAUACG